GGCUCUCAGUCUCGCGCGACUGGUGGUUGUGGGUGGGUGUCGCAUUCGACCCGGGGUUUUUGCUUAGUUUCAGCAUUUUGUACCCUUGAAGUACUUUUUAUCACAGGCCUGCUGAGCUCCUGAGGAGGCUGCUGGACAUGCCCUAGCCGCCACCGCUGACAGCACCAUGAGUGUGCAGGAGAUGAUGAAGCGUUUUGAGGAGACGCGCGUGUCGGACAGCGCGGCUCCGGCCGGCCCCCGGCCCCGCGGCCAGGUGGCCCGCCGCACGGCCAGCUUCCGCACCACGGCGCCGCUCCAGCCGCGCCUCCGACACCGCAACAGCGAGGGACGCAUCGGGCUGACGCGCUCGCGGCCGGUCAGCGCACACGUCAGCCCGCUGCUGCGCGAGCGACCGGCCGUGCUCAAACGGAACGCAGCGCUCAAGGCGCGUGUCAGCGACCGCGUGCGCGACAUGGAGCGGCGGCCGUCGGCGGAGCGGGCCGCAGAGAGCAAAGACUCGCCGUCGCCGCCGCUGCCAGUGAAGGCCAGCCAGACGAAUGGUGAGGUGACUGGUAGUAGACCGGCGCAUCGGCCGCUAACCCGUGUGACGGCCGCUGAUCCCGCACCGCGACCGGUGACAGCUCCCCCUGUGAACCAUGUGUCCGUGGUGAACCACGCCCCCGCCGUGAGUGCCCCCGUGAAAUCGGCACAGGACCCUGACAAUAACAACGGGCCGGUAAAGCCGGGCAGGCUGAACCGGCGCACGGUGAUACCGACGGCGGCGACACAGGGUCUCACCGACGACUUUUCGUCGCUUCCCCUGCCGACCGGGCCGCCGCCGCGGAAGCCACCACGCACCUUCGCUCACGACGUGUACGUGCAGGCGCGUCAGAGCUCCGCGGCCGGGGCAGAGACCGCGGCUGUAGGAGCGGGAGCGGGGGUCGUGCCGGCCGCAGCUGCCGCGGCCACCACGGUGACCAUCCGCCGCAGCAGCUCGGGGCCGCGGCCGGCCAUCGCGCGGAAGCCGAGUGACCUGGGCCGGCGCCGGUCCGGUCGCCUAGAGACGUUCCAGCCGCUGCCGGCGCCGGCAGACCCUCCGGCGUCCUCAGGGGACUCUCCGUCCCCAGCCGAGCACGUGUACGCUGAGCCGACAGUGCCGCGACGCGAGCUGCCGCCGCCGCCCCCGUCCCCGCCGCCGCCACCGCCUCCCGGCAGGAACCGGCGGCCGGCGCGCCAGGGGCCCGUGGAGCCAUACGCAGUGUCCUCGCCCCUGCGGAGGACGGCCAGUGAUGAGACCCUGUAUGGAACGCUGAGUCGGGAGCAUGUGUACGAGCGACUGCCGAACGCCAAGACGCGGCCCGUCUCCGCCUCCAGCUCGGCGGGCUCCCCUCCCGGUCUCCGGCGGCACCACGCCUUCAAGCGGCACGAGCGUCCGUCUCUGCGACAGCCCCCGGCUCGACCGCCGCCUCCUGCCCUGGCGCGUGUCCAAAGACAGGCGGAGGGCCGGAUGGGCUGCCUGCUGACCGCUGUGUCCGCGGACGGUGACCCGACGGACCCCGAGCAGCGCUCCGAGCGCUGGAAGGCCGGCCCGCUGGCGCUCAGACGGAAAAAACUACCUCCGGCGGGUCAGCACUCAGAUGGGCGGCUCGCGGCCCCGGCUCUCGGUCAGCCCUCCGGAGCGGCUGUUUGACGCUCUGCUCGUGGUGGCUCUCUCAGCGGACGCCGAGGGUCGACUGGAACCCUGCGUCGUCAGCCGGUACCCGCCCGAUGUAUCUCUGGAGGCAGACGUGGCGCCGUUCUGUUUCCCGGACGCGGCGCGGUGGCAGCGCGCGCCGGACGUGUGGGGGCGCUCGGCGGCCGACGGUGGCGCCGCCUACACCCUGGUGGUGACAGACCAGCACGGCGGCCGAUCGUACGGCUUCUGCCGCCGGCUGACGGCUCAUACCGGACAGGAGGACGCCGUCACCCUGCCCAUCGCCUACUGUCUGCUGACGCGGCACGACGCGCCCGCCUUCUACUCAAAGCUGCUGGCGGCGCUGCUGGAGCACCACGGCACCUCUGAGCAGCACCGCCUGUCAGUGCUGGACGAGCUGUACGGACGGCCGUUCCCGCUGCCGGGUGGAUCCGUCUCCGUACCGCCCGUACCGGCCACCUGUCCAGGGGACGAGACGGAGACGAUCACGAACGGCACGCACACCGAGGUCAAGCCGAAGCAGGUGCGUCGUCCGCUCGACCCGCGUCUGGAGGAGGACGGUCUGUUCCUUCUGGUGCGGCGGCUCGGUGUCGACCUCUUCAUCAAACUGUUCGGCUCAGCGCUACUCGAGCGGAAGAUCGUCCUCUACAGCGCCCACCUCGGUGUGCUGUCCGCGGCGGUGUCUGCGCUGCAGUCGGCUCUCUGUCCGUUCGUGUGGCAGCACUGUCUGAUACCGGUGGUACCGUGUGGACUGGCAGAGCUGCUGGCCGUGCCCAGUCCGUUUAUCAUGGGGGCGCUGCCCGAGACGCGGCCUCUGGACCAUCUCAACGAUCAGGAGGACGUGAUCUGCGUGGACCUGGACGAACCGUCGCUGGUCCAGUCGGUGGGAGACGAGGCCACCAUCCUGCCCCGUCGGCUCAGUCGCACGCUGGCCGAGGCCCUCAAACUGGCCGCCUGCCUGCCGGGCGGUGACCCGGCGCCCGGCGUGGCCUCAGUGAUGCUGGCCGAGACCCUGCUGAGGCUGUUUGUGGAAGUCUGCGGCCACUACCGCGGUCACCUGACCACACAGCAGGACGGACGGCCGGUCCUUCAGCGUGAGUCGUUCGUGGAGGCGGCGCCGUCUGACGACGUGCGUGAAUUCCUCGAGUGGUUCACCGAGACGGCCAUGUUUGCCGCCUUCAUCGAGUCGUGCGAGCAGCAGCCCGAGUCGCCCGCAGUGAGUCUGUUCGACCGCCGAGUGAUGGAGCAGCACGGUUACGAGGAGCCCGGCUGCCACGGCCUCCUGCGCGGCACCAAACAGCUCGGCAAGGCGCUCGGCGGCCGGUUCAAGUUUCGCCUGCCCAGCUGAGUGCCGGCUGAACGCAGUUGGUUCAGCCUGCGUGUCUGAGUCUCACCGGCGCGCGGGGGUUUAAUGAUCUGUGCUGCUCAGAUAUGCGUCAGUGAGGGUAUUUUUAAUAAGCUAAAUGACCUCCGGUUGUGAUAAACUGUUCGCUCUCAAAGCGUUGUGUAUUAGAUGCGCCAGUUGGGUGGGGACUGGGGAGGGGUCCGAUCUGAUGGGGGCGGGAGGGGAAGUGUCGCCUGCGGGCGGAUAAAUGUGAUCUGCGCUGACCAUGACUUGUUACAUGUGACGUAGCUUAGUAGUGCCUGUUCGAAACAGAUUGUGAUGACGUGUGGUGUAUCCGUUGAACGCUCAUGAACAAAUACAGAAUCUUAUGUUACCACGAA